CACAGCACCUCGCCCCACCAAAUCAUUCUCAGUCUUCCCUUGAAAUCUCUUAUGUUUUUCUCCCUGUUUUAUUUAAUCUUUCUUCAAUUGGGUGAUUUGGUGUCAUCAGUCACCUGGGUUUUCUCUAUUAUCUAUUUUUCCUUAAAAAAACCAAAGAAAGAAGAGCUUCCUUCAAUUUCUAGAACCUCUGCUAUAAAUAUAGGAGGCUGUUUUGUUAGGGUUUUUCAAGCUUUGAAGCUCUUUCUGUUCUAGCAAAUAUUAAGUGAGAAGAAGUUUUGUAAGUGAAAUAAUGGUGAUACUAUCAGGUCGUGGAGAGAUGGUGAUGAAGCCGGCGUGGCUUGAAGGGUUAAUAGCUGAGACAUUCUUUGCUGCUUGUGGGGUCCACGAGAGUUUGAGGAAGAACGAGAAGAACAUCUUUUGCUUAGAGUGUUGUCGAAGUAUUUGCCCUCACUGUGUUCCUUCUCAUCGUUCUCACCCUCUCCUUCAGGUGAGGCGAUACGUCUACAAUGAUGUGGUUAGGUUGGAUGAUCUUGAGAAGCUCAUUGAUUGCUCUUAUACUCAGCCUUACACCAUAAACAGUGCCAAAGUAAUAUUCUUGAAACAGAGGCCUCAGACUAGGCCUUGUAAGGGCUCUGCCAACAUCUGCCUCACCUGUGACAGAAUACUCCAAGAGCCAUUCCAUUUCUGUUCUCUUUCAUGCAAGGUUGAUCAUGUGGUGUUUCAGGGGGGAGAUUUGUCAAGCAUUCUAUACCGGUUCGAUGAAUCUGAUUUGACGGCCUCACAAUUUGAGGGAUUACGGAUGGAUGGCUCUGAUCUUCUUGAUGAUGGCCAAAUCAACCCUAACUUCAUUUUAGAAGAAGACCCAUUACAGUUUAAGGGCUCAUCUUGCUCAAGCAACACUAGAGGCAACACAGGCAUGUCACAGAAUUCUGAGGGGGUGAAGAAGAAGAAAGGGAGUGGUUUCCUCCCUGGCAUUGUUCUCUCAUUGAGUAGGAGGAAGGGUGCUCCUCAUAGAUCACCUCUUUCUUAGUUUAACAAUUUGGAAAUUCAAAAUAAACUUGAAGAUCCUUAAU